AUGGACUCGGUGCAACAGUCGUUCCGGAACCUCGGUCUCAGCUUUCGUGGAUCCGAGAGGCAGGCCCCUGGCCUGUUCAACAUGGCCCUACGGUUCUCAAAGGUUAUGGAAAGGGAGGCAACAGCAUCAAAAACGAUGGAGGUCAGAUUGAAGGAAGUGGUCGCUGCCUUCAAUUCUUCGGGUUCCGUUGCUCCGAAGCACCAAGUGAACAAGGAAGCAGAGAAAGUGAUCUUGAACAUCAUCGUUGGUACGACGGAGGAGACCAGAAAGGUUAUCAGCGAUCACCUGGCCCACUUCAAGUGGAAAGACUCCUGCUUCUCGAGCUCUCAGCUGCAGAGCACGCGAUGGCUCUUGGGCGCCACUGCUAAGAACAUGCCCGAGAACUACGGGCAGGCCUUGACCAUGACGCCAGAAGCGCAGAUGAUGUUGAUGCAGUUGCACGUGCACCUUUACAUGCAGGCGGUGAGGAAAUGCAAGGGAGCCACUGCACGGGCAAAGUGCCGGCUCGACAAGGAGAACUUCGAGAAGCUAUGCGACUUUGCAACCAUGUUUGCUUCGGUGCGUGCUGCUGCCAAGCUUGCCUCAUCGGACAAGACAAUCGACCAGCAGAUCAUGGACAGCUUCCUGGCGAAGGAUUACUAUCAGGAGAUCGAGGCCAGCAUCCAGUGCAAGAAUGUCAGUUUUCGAUUGCAAAACCUGUCACUUUGGCAAGACAUCGUGGACAAGGCCAACUCGGGUACCGAUGCCAUCUUGGCUGCGACGAAUUGCAGCGACGUCGUCGCGGCUGAGGAAGCCGCUGUUGCCAGCAAGUUUUCGGCUGUGAAAGCCCAAUUGGCCCAUGAUUGCCAAGCACUGGCCGAGUAUCAUGCCGCGAAGGGUAAGACCGAUGCCAGGAAACAUGUCAUCCAGGUAUUGCACACGAAGACACAAGAGGAGAAAGGCAUGCAGCAACUUUGCUGUCAUGGAAGGGAGGAGGUCAUGCUCUCCCGCUGCUACACGGCAUUGACUUCAGACCUGGGAUUUCCCAACCGGUUGGACGUCAUGAUGAGAGCCGUUGCUGCUAAGCACAAGGUGGAGGCUGCGAAGCUGAUUGGCAUCGUGGAUGCCACGAAGUUCGGGAUCAACACCCAGCCCGUUGUGAAUGCCAUCGGGAAGUGGGCAGAGAAGCUUUGUGCCAAAGACCCACAUUCCGCCGGUUGCAACCUGUUGGGAUUUAUCGCUUUGUUCACACUUGGAGGCUCCUGUGUGGUCAUCAUUCUUCCGUUGCUGGCUUCCGCCUCCAGCUCCGGAAGCUUGCGGGAGGAUCACAGAAAGCUGGAGGACAAGUUGAUCAAGCAUGGCUUGGAGCUGCGCCCCUUUACGCUGCUGCUGGACAACACGCAGCAGCAUGCAAAUCGGGACUUGCCGUCGGCAUACCCGGGAUUGCUGGCUGUGUCGGACAGUGCCCUCCCGUCCAAAGGCACAGGACACAGAAGCAACAAGACACUUGCCAUGCAAGCGGCAAACUCCAAGGCGGACAAGGCCUCCAUCAAUUGCUUCUGCUUUUCCAGGCUGUGGGCGCAGCAGAUAACAAAGCCAGCAGUUCCCAUUCAAGAGUCGAGCUUCGUGGUGCCUGGCGCCCUUCCUACGUUUGAGUCCAAGCGCAACAUGACGGACGCACAGGAGACGGCGCAGUGGCUUGGAGGAACGGAAGUGCCGCAGCAAAUCUUGGAAGCUCUCCUGGGGGAGAGAACCGAUGCUGUGAUUCUGCACGGCACAUUCUAUGAUGCCUGCGUUGAGAAGGCUUGUUUGGACAUGGGCCUGACGUCCGUGUCGCACACAGCGGACUCAAAGGUCUUCAAUGCUGGAAACAAGCUGAUCAAGCAGGAGCUGUUGGCUCAGUGGAAAGAGAACCGCGGUGCAAUGCAAGAUGUUCUCCCACGCUUCCAGGAGAAUCCUAACGCAGCUCAAAUCCCCCAACCUCCAGCUGUUCCCGUGUUCAAGUUGUGCGUGUACGCCGAUGGGGCCCUGGCACUGCCGCGGGAUGUGCGAGGCACAUACUUGUCCGACCCUGUCAGAGCUCCGGAAUGGCGGCAGCUACUGCAAGAGUUCGAUCGAAGCUAUGCCAACGGCACAAGCCCUCAGACGGGGCCAACCGAGACAGGUUCUGAGACGGUUGAUGCGGCUUUCGAUUGGUCAAAGGUAUUCCCAAACGAGACAGCCGACCCGCAGUCUUUGAAGGCGACAGACGGCGCCAUCACAUUCGCCAUGUCCUCGCAAGUCAACUUCAUCGUAGUUGAGCAAAAGCUCUAUUUGGAGGCGGUGGAAGACGCCACGCUGGACGCCAAAAGCCCGCUGUUGACCUAUGGUGCUGGCUCGUGGCUUACGGGCGAACGUGGGAAAAACCAAGUCAAGGAGUUUCCGGACAAGAGCUGCCGCUGCGAAUUUGGUGACGACACGGCGAAAGUGGUUCUGGAGGAGGAGUCCGGCGACAGCAAUGUCAUGACUUUGCGCCAGGCGUUGCAGCGGAUCGAAGCUGGCGGAAUGGUAUCCUAUACAUUGGGAGCUCACAGAGUGGAGCGGCCCCCAGAGGUCGUGCAGGGAAAUGCCAGCGACAGGCGAGGCUGA